AUGGCGGCGGCGGCGGGCGAGGCGCGCCGGGUGCUGGUGUACGGCGGCCGGGGCGCGCUGGGCUCCCGCUGCGUGCAGGCGUUCCGGGCCCGCGACUGGUGGGUGGCCAGCAUCGACGUGGUGGAGAAUGAAGAGGCCAGCGCGAGCGUUGUCGUUAGGAUGACAGACUCGUUCACCGAGCAGGCUGACCAGGUGACGGCCGAGGUCGGGAAGCUCCUGGGUGAAGAGAAGGUGGACGCCAUCCUGUGUGUGGCUGGAGGCUGGGCCGGGGGCAAUGCCAAGUCCAAGUCUCUCUUCAAGAACUGCGACCUCAUGUGGAAGCAGAGCCUGUGGACGUCCACCAUCUCGAGCCACCUGGCCACCAAGCACCUCAAGGAAGGGGGCCUCCUGACCUUGGCGGGCGCCAAGGCCGCGCUGGACGGCACUCCCGGGAUGAUCGGCUACGGCAUGGCCAAGGGCGCGGUCCACCAGCUCUGCCAGAGCCUCGCGGGGAAGAACAGCGGCAUGCCGCCCGGGGCCGCGGCCAUCGCCGUGCUGCCGAUCACCCUGGACACCCCGAUGAACAGGAAGUCCAUGCCCGAGGCCGACUUCAGCUCCUGGACGCCCUUGGAGUUCCUGGUACAAACCUUCCAUGACUGGAUCACAGAGAAAAACCGGCCAAGCUCAGGGAGCCUAAUCCAGGUGGUGACGACGGAGGGAAAGACCGAACUCACCCCUGCGUAUUUUUAA